AUGCUGCAUGCGAUUGUACAAUUUGUUGUGUGCGCCUCAUUGCUGGUGGAUUUGCUGGCAGCCUCACCGACGACCGUGUAUGAUAGUUACAGUGACAACCGGGCGCUUCUGGUGCGCUCAGCCGUAGACGAAACGUUAUCCCGUGGACGUGAACCAUCGAACUCGAUUUCUUCUCCCCGUAGUAAUUUGCUGUCCGCACCGGGGCAGCCGGAUCCGGACGAAACACUGCCGGUACAGCAACAGCUCUUGGGCGGUGUAACACGUGUCCCGUGGUACGGAUUAACGGAACUUUCGGACAUACUGUUGCUCGGCGUGCUGGUAACGGUUGCCAUCCUUGGAACACUACUGUUCGUUGUGCUGGUUUUGGGAUUGCGGACAAAGUUACACUUGUUCCGGGGUGAAGAGCCUGCGGAACGGGACAUUUUGCCACUGUCCGCAGAUUAUGCACUCCAGCAGGUGCGUGAUUGCAGCAGUAAAGUGAAAACGAUUAAAACUACACCAUCACCACCGAUCGUACUGCUCGAAGCGAGCGCACUGCUAAAUCCAGUACCGACAACGUGCGUUACCGUGACAACCACCGGUGAUGGUGGCUAUCGCUGUGCCGAACAGCAGCUACUAAACCUGUCAGACAAAAAGGCCCGACGCUCGCCGACUAAAGCGAACAAACGGUUGCCGGCUGUGCGUGUACCGUUGCCGGAAGUGGCAACGGUAAACAUGAGUGCAUCGAUCGGAGCUGCCACGAUCGAUCCAACCACCAACGGUGCAACCGAUGACCCCGAUACUGAACAACACCUAACGAUUGACGAUAAGGAAAACUGUGUCCAGCGCCGUGUGCAUUCUGAGCAGAGUGAUUCAGAUUCUGGUCAUCCGGUAGGGCAGCGUAACGUCCUUAAAAGGCAAGCAGUCGCAGAACUGUCCGUAUUUGGACCGGUAGGUACACCGCCCGGGUCGCCUGCGUCCACCUACAUCCAGCUACUUACUCCUUCGUCCGCUUCAUCCCUUUCUACAUCGGCCGCAACCACCGACAAUAAUGCAACGCCAACCAAGGCCGACCUGGCUGACUGUGGUGGCAGCGUGGUGGGAGGAGGAGGAGGAGUCGGCCCGCUCUCCGCUGCGUUUGGAUUCUCGCCCCGCUCGAUACAAUCAUUUACCGUGCAAACGACCGCCACGUACUUUCGCUUUCCGGAUGUUGACGAUUUUACACCGACACCACGCACCCUGCCACCGAAACGGCACGGUAACGCGGACACUUGCUCCACACCGCCGGCCGUUGAUGCGCGCACAGAGGAGGAGGAGGAGGACGGAAGCGAACAAACGAAACAUGCACCCGUCAAGGUAUCCGUUUUGGCACCGUCCCCGGGUUCGAUGCCAUUACCACCACCGCCUCCUAUGGCGGCAAGAACGAGCGAAGCUAAGAUUGAGCGUGAAAGCGCGGAAAUUGUGAAGGAACCGGAACCACGCACGGCACGAAUCUGUGCCCCGAUGGCCAAUAGACGCGUCCGACUGAAAUCAAUUUCGCUCGAUUCGGAAGGCGCCCGGUUGGUGGAAGAAAAUCUCAGCUCGACCAUUCCGGUGCAAGAGUUGGUCGGUAUGGCAGCACACCGGUCCGGUGGAUUCGAUAGCGUCAUCGAUGACGAUGACGACGAUGAUGAUGAUGACGACAAUGACGACUAUGAGCGUAAGCAUUGCGAUAACGACAAAGCGAAUGGGCCGGCUGCUGACAACGCCACCGGCCAGCACGAGACUGAGGAUGAAAAGCGGCGUGCCAAACGCGUCCGGAACAUUUUAAACCUUCGACUAAAUAUCCCGCCCCUACCACUGGGGACGGGUUCGGGACAAUCGAGGAUAGCAGCAGCAGGAUCACUGGCACCGCCUCCGGCCGCCUCACAAUCGACCGGUUCGGUUGCAAAACCGAUCGUUAAAACGGUUACCGUGACGGGUUCGAUUUCGAACCCGACCAUGAGCACCCAACAGCAACACCACCAUCACAUGGAGGACAGUAAUGAGCAGUUUUACUUCGAGUACUUUGAUUACGGCGAUGACGAUGAGGACGACGAAACGGAUGACGACGAGUACGACGAGGUGGAGUACGGUGAGGAAGACGGUGAGGGGCACGAGGACAAUAACAACAACAACAACAACAGCAGCAGCGGUCAUACGAUCGUAUUGCCACCAGUACCAAAAACGCCGACACUUUCGCAAUCAAAGCAAAAAGCGAGUUCGCUCGAUUCGGACAAGCUAAAGGUAUCGAUUCCUUACGGUGGUAGUGGUGUUGGUGGCGUUGGUGGUGGUGCCGCCAGUACUUUCGGGUCGGUAAGCUGCAGUGGUGGGAUGAGCCACAUCAUGAGUAUCGCACAACCGACAAGUGGAACGGGUAUGAUGUCCUCCAUGCUUAGCUACAUGCAUUCGCACCCUCAGCAGCAGACUCAGCAACAGUACGGACAAUUUCAGUUCCAUCAGCAGCAGCAAUCACUUCACACAACGCACCAAACAUCCGGACAGCUGCAACAACCCAGACGGGUGUCUUCCGUUUCCGUGCCAACUACCCCGAAACGAUAUCAGUAUCGAACCGCGGUAAACCAUCAUUACUAUCACCAUCAGCAACAGCAGCAGCACUACGCGAGUGGACAAUCAAAGCUAAAACCCUCCUACCCAUAUCCGACUGGUCCGACCGGAAGUACCUCCUCCUCCUCAUCGACGGCAUUGGUCAGCGAUGGUGCGACAGCGAAUGGCAAUCGAAAGGAUAAGAAAUCACCGCACGGCUUACCUACGCCACAGUCCCAAUCUCCCUCGGAUAAGGAAAAAUCGCUCGAAGAAGGAACAAAACCGUCCGUUCCGACGAGUGGACGAUCGAGCAUACUGCAGAGACGUGGCUCGAACCAUAGUCUUACCCUUAAUCUAGACGUUUACAAUCGUGGCGGUAGUGUGGAUUUAACUUCGUCGAGCUGCAGUCUGUAUCGGGGUUCGUACAAAAAUCUUCACCAGGUACAGUCCCACACGCAGCUUUAUCAGCCACAUCCGGUGGAACCACCGGUACGUGUACAAUGCCAUCAAGCAUCACCACAGCAGCAGCAACCGACACCAGCCGGAACAUCCAGCACGGCAAUGGUGGACGGCAGUAGCAACACUACCACCAACACCGGCAACCUAAACAACAACACCUCCAACACUAGCAAAAAGAAUCUCCUGCAACGACGAGGCUCCAACACGAGCCUCACGCUGAAUCUCCGGUCAGGUGUUGGGACGGGUGGUGGAGGUGGUGGUGCAGGUUCCAGUUUCGGGCUGAACCGGUUUAGCAGUCACAAUUCGCUCAAUGCUGGCAUCCUCGGUGGUGGUGGUGGUGGUGGACAUCAUCAUCACCAGCAGCAGCAACAGCAGAACCAGCAACAUCAGCAGUUUCCCUCCUCUUCGAUGGUACGACUGGCCGGUUCACGCAAAAGUCUACUUGAGCGGCGCAAUUCGAAUGCUAGCCUGACGCUCAUCAACGUGAAUCAGCGCACACUGUCCGUUUCGAACUGUAAUCUGCGCGGUUCGAUCUGUAGCUUGAACAGUUUGCUGACCACGCACACCCAGAACGAACCGGCACCGUCCGGCAUGAUGCUGGAGGAGGACGAGCUGGACGGCAACGGGGAUAAUGAUGAUCAUCACCAUCAUCACAACCAUCACCAUCAUCAUCACCAUAACCACCACCAUCACCACGGUCAUCAUGGUCAUGGUCAGCAUUCGGUUGGGCAUGGUGGUGCACACGGACAUCACCGUGCUGGUGGUGAAGGUGAGCUACGACGGUUUGGGAGCAGUGUCGAUGCAUCCUUUACCGGGAACGAUGGAACCAUUGCUGUAGGACAAUCGAACGAGACGAACGAGGGGAAUGGGAAUGGUAGGGGAACCUUUGGUUAUGGUUAUGGUCGGCUUACGGUUGGUACCGGGCACACUUCGACCAAUCAGCAGCACGGUCGCCAUCAUGAUGCUGGAGGCGGUCAUCAUGAGGAUGCACGGGGAGGUGGUGGCGUGUACGGUGGAAGCAGUAGGCAGCGAAAGUUCCGUAGUUCGGACAGCUUGCACAACAUUAAUGUACGGGAGCAGGGCGUGCAUGGGUGUGAGAUGAUCGGUGGGAGACACCAUCAGCAUCAUGGCCAUGGGGCGUUGGAGCGACAGCUGGAGGGGGAAACGAAGCAGAUGUCGGACAACACGUAUCAGCAGCGAAGUUGCCAAUCGUCUUUCGAUGAGCGCCAUCACUAUGGAUCGUCUGAAAAUUUCAAGGAGCACCAAAACAAACUCUCAAUCCACCGCGGACUCUUCCAGAAGGAUCCGUCCACCGUAACGUCAACCUCGUCGGCCAACAACCUAUCAGCCCUCGGAACCGGCUCACUGUACAAUUGCUGUGGCAACUGCUGCAGCAGUGGUUGUUGUAGCAGCUGUUGCUGCUGCUGCUGCUGCUGCUGUUGCGGUACCAUAGAUGGCGGUGGUUGUUGCGAUGGCAACGGACUAGCACUGAAGGCAGGCAACUUAAGCAUCAGCAACUCGAAUGUACGAAAUAUCUCAACGAAACCGCUCAGUCCGCAGACAACCAGUGAAGACUUUAAAAUUUAUCUAGCCAACAUUCAGUUCCUUCAAAAUGCAUCGAACGUACUUACGAUAGCGUACCUGCGGAAGUUGCACAAUUUCUUUAGCAAAACGUACCGCAAAAUGGUUGCAUCGGCAGCUAGUACCGCUAUCGCCGCACAGGAAGCGUUCCGUCAGCGUACCCAUUCACGCGAUGAGGCGGCUGGUGACGGAAAGGAACCAAGAGAACGAGUUGAUGAAACGGUUCAGGAUGUGACGGCUGGAAAUAGUACGAAGAUGAUGUUACUGCACAGUGACAGUCUUCAUCAUCCGCCGGUGUGCGAUGAUGAAUCGUACGAUGAGGAGCACAAAAAGAUGGUUCUGAAGAUACACCAGGAGUUUUGGGAUUUGCCCACCAACUAUCAAGAGAAACCGUUGGUGUUUGGAUCGCAGGCAAAGAAUCGCUACAAAACGAUCCUGCCGAAUGAACAUUCGCGCGUUAUUUUAGAACCGGAACGGGCACCGAUUGCUGGCGGUGAGCCUUACAUCAACGCGAAUUACAUUAAGGGUCCCGAUUACUCAAACAACAGCUACAUCGCAACCCAAGGCCCGCUACCAAACACAAUCUACGAGUUUUGGCUAAUGGUGUACCAGAAUGUCGCACGCACGGCAACGGCCGCCGGCACAUCCCUCUCAUCCACCGGCAUUGAGCAAAAAAUAGUAAUGCUAACAAACUUUGUCGAAAAUGGACGCCAAAAGUGUGCAAUCUAUUUCCCGCAGAACGAAGACGAUUGGCUAGCCUUUGGCAAUACGGCCGAGGUGGAUGUGGGUGAAGUGUUGCAGGAAAAGGAUACGCUAACGACAAAGGUCUCCUCCUGUCUGGCAGAGGUACAGAAGGGAAGUAAUGGUCAAGCGAUAACGAUAAGCGCACGGUGUGAUAGUUGCUUCUUUCUCGUGCACAACGUGUGCGUCGAGCAGCGAAACGGCUACACCGUACGUACGCUAAAUGUAAUCUACGGUCAGAAGGUGGAAGCACCGAGCGAAGGAACACCUGUGGUGGAUAACGAUGGUUGCACCCUGUUCGAAUUGAUCGCAUUCCGGGCACAACACUACUGGUUCCCGGAUUGGCCCGAUCAUCGCUCACCGAACGAUAUCAAUGUGCUGCUCGACUUGAGUCUCGAUGUGCUCGGCACGAACGUCAUCGAUACACCGCGCCCGGAAAGCAAUAACUCACUGAAGGGCAAUCAACCCGGUACGCCGGGACUGGAGGAGAUAGUUAGCGCCGGUCAGCUUGCUGCCCUGUGCUCAUCCGCCACACCGAACGUACUACCGAUCAUUCACUGUUCGGCCGGCAUCGGACGGACGGGAUGUUUAAUUGCGAUACUGAACGGAUUGCGUCAGUUGCGACUGUCCGUGAUGGCGCAUCAGCGCAGGCAGCAGCAGCUUAAACAAUCGCAGCAAGUCGUUGCGUGUAACGAUGAUCGGCCGGUUGCCGAGGGUCAUAAAACGGCAGCCGAUGAGCUGCAGGACGAGUUGGAACAGUCGUUACCUUUGCCGCCGGUUCCCGAUGGUCCGGAGGCGCGUAGAAAGUCCGCUACCAGCUUGAUGUCACUGACGGCCGGUAAUGGAACGUUACGUGGCCAGCGGGGAGAGGGUGGAACUUUGCAGCAGCGCGAAUCGGGACAGGUUGACAUUUUGGGCAUUGUGUGCAAUCUACGGUUGCAGCGUGGUGGGAUGGUACAAAAUUCCGAACAGUACGAACUAAUCCAUCGAGCGCUCUGCCUGUAUCUGGAGAAACUAACCCAGGAAGGGCACAUACUAUAG